AUGACAGUUGAAAAAUUAGAACCAAAACAUAUUGUAAUUUUACCGAAAUCCAUAACACAAUUGAAUGACGCAGAAACUGAAAAAGAUAUUGAAAUAUUCACAUUACCGCAUCCAACAAACAAUCCAACAAAAUCACGAAUCCCCAUAAUUCAAAACAUAACCACGAAUGAAACAUUCCAAUUAAUAUCACAUAGUUUCAGUAAAGGUUCUAAAUAUACUCAUCAAUUUGAUCUAGCUAAUGGGAAAUAUCACUAUACUAAUGAUGAUUCACCUAUUAAGUCUACAUUCUUAAUUGAUGAAAAUGAUAGAUCGCAAGGUUACAUUAUGGAAUCAAGUUAUUUUCAAUUUUCAACAAAAUAUGAUAUUACCUAUAAUUUAAUUGGAUUUCUCUAUAGGAAGACUGAAGUUGUUGAAAAUGAAAAUGAUUACGUAAAAGCAUUACCAUCUAAUGAUAAUGAAAACAACAUGGAGAGUAUAACAAGUGAUAGGUUUUUAACAUUGAGGGACUUCCAUGAUACUUUGGUCGAUUCCCAUGAUAAGAAUUGGAGUAAAAUAUCGUUAAAUGUUUUAGAAAAUGCAUUAAAUAAAAUUUGUGAUUGUAUUCAAGAAGCUGGUGAUACAUAUUACAAAAUUAAUCCAGUGAAGAUUACAGAAUUUCUAGUUCGUAAAGUGGAAAAGAUAAACGAUAAUUUCCCGAAAAGUAUACCGAUUCCUUAUGAUUAUAGAGAAGAUAUAAAAGAAAGUAUGAAAACUGUAUUAUCAUGUAAUUUAUUGAUUUCUUUGAUACCGAAAAGGGUUUAUGAUGAUUUGAUACAAUUCCAUCCAGAUGAAAAUAGUACUGUUCAACUUUCCAUUAAAGAUGCACAUGCUUCAUACAUAAAAUAUAAGGAAGAAAGAAGAGUUACUUCUAGAGAAAAGGAAAUACUUUUAAAAUCUGUUACAACUGUCGGCCUAAACAAUGGGACAACUACUAAAGGGAAAAUAGUUAAAAAGAAAACUACAAUAGUUAAGAAAAAAGUCGCGAAAGGGAAAGGAGCAAUCGAUGGCUUUUUUAAAGCGAAGAAGAAAUAA